UUGUUCAAACAGCACAGAUGUGAAGUUAAUCUGAUUUCCUCUGCUCCUCUAACCUUGAGGACGAGGCUGUAAAAAAAAACUCCGGUCUGGCCCCGGUUGAUAACGUUAUUAUCCACAAUGUGAUGACGGAUCACAGCUGGGCAGAGCUGCUCGCUGAGAUCCACCUUUCAGUCGUCUGCCGGAGUUGGCAGAAAACGAAACAACAUCCGAUUCGUGGUUAAUGAACUGACGGCGUGGAAUCUGUCGCUAAGGAGUCAGCUGGAAGAUUUAGAGUUUAAAGAUUCAAGGAUUUAUUGUUAUACAAUGACAUUGUUGAUAUUAAUAAAUAAUCUAGAAUAUAGAAAAUUAUUUUUUUGUAAAUAAUAAAAUUGUAAAAAGAAAUUAAUACAGGUAGAGUAGAACAUAUAUUUUAAAAAUUAUAACUAAAUAACAAAAUAAAGAAGGACUUAUUUUAGGGUCAAAGGUCAACAAUAAUGUUCCAUGUUAUGUUGUCGCGGACAUAGUAACAGUAGCAACAACAUAAUCGUAAAAGAGACGGUCUAGAUGCGCCCGACUGCAAUGCAAGGCCUCCCUCUAGUGGCCAUAUUUUUACUAGAACUAAAGCGUUUUUACGUUUGAAUUUCUUCGGUUAAAACAAAAAAAAAAAAGGUUACGCCUCCGACCUGAUGUUAAUAAUAAUAGUAAUGAUAAUAUUAGUUAGAUGUAUGUUGUGUAAUCAUUUCUGAAUUAAUUUAAAAUAAUUAAAGAUUAAAUCGGAGAAAAUUAGUGGGAUUUUUGUUUGUUUUUUUCUCUCUAAAAAUACAACGAAAUAAUAAUUCUGAUGACAGAGCUCUUACAGUGGUGUCGUUCAGAUUUAAAUAAUUUAAUCAGAGACUUUUUCAUUAUAAUUAAUUAAAGGUCUCACCAAAAAAAUCUUUAGCUGCAGAUUUACUUUUAACACUUUUUGUCACUGUUUGUGUGUCGGUAAAUAACGCAGAGAGAAUAUUUGGAGACUAAAUGUCUGAGCAGCUUUGACAAAGACACUCCUCCACACUAACCCACUGCCACCCUGCAGCUGCCACUCUGGCUGAUUAGCGUCCAGGUGUGUGGACAGGAAGUGUUGAAAACCCACAGCAGCUCUCCACUCUGCCCCAGUGCUUACGUGCACAGAGAGAAACGAUGCAUGUGAAAGAAAAAGGAAGCAGCAGCGGCGUCAGCGUCCUGCUCGUCUGCUCCGUCACCGUCACCGUCCUGUCUUCGCUGGUCCGGUCCGGACCCGCUCCUCCUCCUCCUCUGACCCGACACAAUGUCAGCAACGCAGCAGGAACAGGCCGCAAACGUCCACCCAGCACCGGAGAGGACCGGUCUGGACACACUCACACACCUGCAGCCGGACUGAGCGCCGGUGACCCCGCUGACCUCCACGGGGGGAGGCCAGGUCAGACCAGGAGGUCCCCUCGUCCCCACCCUCCUCCUCUGGACUGUGGAGAAGGAACGAUCACAGUCAAGACUCCUGGGAAGUUUUACAUCGUUGGGAAACUGGAACCAAACGUUCCUGACUCGGAAUUCCAAUCAGACUCCGCUCCUUCAGUCCAGGCUGAGGGACAGAUGAAGACCACAGGUGGGGGGCUCCGCUCCUCCUCCGAGCAGAGCUGGCAGAAGCUGCAGCCUGUGGUGGAGUGUGGAGGUGACUCCAUGAUCCUCCAGGCCAGCAGGAGGCGAGCUGGACAUCUGCUGCUGGGUGGAGUGAACGAGUCGUCCGUGCUGCUGACCCAGCUGACCCCUGACUGUGGCUACGAUGUCCAGACAACGUCCAGACUCCUGAGCCUGGUGGCUCAAUAUGAUGCCUGUCAUGUGACUCAGGAGGCCGACAGCUACGUCCUGCCUCUGCUGUGGAGGGGGCUGACGGUGAAGAUGUCCUGUCCCGUCCCUCAGCUGCAGCCCGCGGUCACAGACCUGUUCUCCGUCUGCUGCUCGGCCCAGAGUUUGAUGGUUCAACUCCGAGGACUGACUCCUGCCGAGGAGCUGAAGAUAAACGUGAGAGGACAGUGGCUCCCCCUAGUGGUUUUGGCUGAGCAGUGUGGCUACAGUGUGGACAGACGGCACUCAGAAACCGUCAUCUCUGCUCCAUAUCUGACCUGUGGCAUGAGCGUGAAGGAUGGUAAACACACACUUCAUCUUCAGUUGAAAGAACACACACUCACGUUGUCCUGCCCUGUGUCUCCUCCUCAAGGACCCGCUUUAACCCCCCAGCCUCAUGUUGACACUCCUCAGCACCUCCACAGGAAGUCAAAGACUCUGGUGCCAGGAAACAUGGAGUCGCCUCAGUGGGCCACACCUGUUUACCUGGCCCCACUUUACUACCCCCACCCCACGUAUCAUCACACACCCCCGAGACCCAGCGUUGAUCCUCCGACACCUUCACCUCUGACCCCGGAGCCCCAUCCUGUUGUGGAUCCACAGCCAGGUUUUACUGACUUUUACUCCAGUCAGAUUCCCAUCAGGGACGUCAGAGUCCACAAAGUCCGUCGUCCCCCAGAUGACCUGGAAGAUUCAGCUCUGGUUCCUCCUCCUGACCGUGACCAUGACCAAGUCCAAGCCCCGCCUCCUCAGCCUCCUGGUCACACCUUCAGUCCAUUUUACCAGUACUACCAUCACUCCAAAAUCCCUCUGUCUGGACCUCAGCCUCCUGACCCACGUCCUGAGGUUCAGGAAGAACUCUUCUCAAACAUUCCACAUCAUCCCUACAAUAUUCCUGUUCUACCUCUGAAUGUCCAGCAGAUGGCGAUAGACUCCGAGCAGCUCACAGAGCCUGGGACUGUCCCUGAAGUCGGACGUGAAGAAGCUCUGGCCCGUGGUCCUUCUUGGCCCCACCUCCAUCACUUCUUCUACUACAUUCCGUAUAUUCUGAAGAGUGAAGAUCAGGACGUGGCUACAGCGUCGUCUCAUCUUCACCGACGUUCUCCUUCAGAUGAUGGUUCAGACUCUGAUGGUCAGACGAAGAGGUCACUUCUUCCUGACGUUGGUGGACCAAACCCAGGGUCAGGGGACCAACAGAAACCUCCUCCCUCAGACCCUCACUCUGUGGACUCUUCUCCUCAUCAUCUCUUCUAUCACCCCAUUGAUCAGCGCCACCAUCAGGUUGGUCAUGGACCAGUGCAGUUGGACCAGACCAACACCAACGUCUGGUCUCCUGAAGCUGCAGACCGUCUUCUUCUUCAGACCGCUCCCAGGUCGACGCAGCAUCCACACGACGGCAAACUUCAACACUUUAAUAUUUCUGCAGAAUCAGAACCGACGUAUGAAACGGAGACUGACCUCCAACUACCCAACUACCCCCACUACUACUACUAUUACCCCCUGUAUGAACCUCAGGCAUCUGCAGACGAGCCGGAACCAGAAGGUUUCAAAUCAAAAACCCAGUUUCCAGCCGACUCUGGUCACAGCAGCGUGGACACAGAGGUUUCUUCUGAUGUGCCAGCAUUUCCCAGCAUUCCUGGGCCGCAGCACAGCGCCCUCUCUGGACUCCAUGACCCUUAUAUUGAGCCUGGGCGACAGCUGAAUUACCCUGAGGGUGAAGGAACUGAAGGGAGACUGGGUGAAGAACUCCCAGAUUGUCCUCUGCAGCAGUAUCUCGUGUUCGUGCUGCCCUACCCUGUGAUGGAGCCCAUUCUGACCCUCCAGUCCCCUGAAGGGGGCGACGUUCCCUUCGAUCUACAACUGCUGACCUCUGACCUUGAGAACGUUGUUCGACCUGUGGACGUCCAUGAACAGGAGUUGGACGUACCAGUGACCUGUUCACCUCAGAAGGAGGGAGCGCCCCCUGUCUUCAGCUGGAUGAUGGGGUGUAGUUCUCCUCUGGAUCCUUCAGUUGGAGCCAGCCUCGGUGUGAAGGAUGAGCCGUCUCCACCCCCCCUCCCUCAGACUACACCCCCCCUGAUGGCUGUGGAAAUGAGAGUUGCAACAAGUGAACUCUUCAGCAGCUUCUACCCUGAGGCUCCUCUUCCUCUCAGUCUGAUCCAGGGCAGACCUCUUCAUCUAGAGGUCAGACUGUUGGACCCUCCAGACCCUGACCUGGUCCUGCUGGUUCAGUCCUGCCUGGCCGUUUCUCCGGCUCCACGUCCAACAUGGAUUCCCAUCUAUGACACGUACGUAUGUGUUCAAACAGACGAGGUUUUUUUUUCUUUUUUUUUUCCUCUCAUUAAUCCUUGAAACUCCCGUCUCAGCUGCUCUUCAUCGUCUGACUCGCGUCUACUUCCUUCCACCAACCACAUCCGGAGGAUUACAAUCUCCAACUUCCUGUUCCCGACUCCAGAAAGUCCCUCUCACACGGCCGAAGGAGAAUACUCCCCCCCCAGUGACGCAGAGAUUCACUUCUCAUGUGCAGCAAUAAUUUGCUCUGCUGCAGAUUCUGGCUGCACCGUUGGCUGCAACAACAAUUUGUGUGGACGGGCUACGAACCAGGAGAGCUCCAGUUCCGAGGAAGAUGCCCAUCGUCAGAGGAGAGUAGCUGUUGAAGGCGCCGAUGAUCUUCUGAGAACAUUUCUGCGCCAUAAUCUCCAAACACCACCACCAUCAACAACACGGCGCCCAGAGUCAUCAGGACCGUCGCGCCUGAUCCAGAAAGUAGAUUUUAGUGACUCUGCAUCCAGACGUCCCCGGUCUCAUGAAUUAUUUUCUAAAGUGUUUGUUAAGUUUUUACCCUUUUUUUUUAAUGCCUCACUAAGCCCUUGUCAAAGAUGUUCAUAAAUAAAUAUAAUUAAUAAUUGUUACAUAA